AUGAGUAACCCAUCAGCAGGAACCUCUUCCAAACCAAAAGUUGGGUCAUCACAGCCUUCUGAAGCUUCUUUCAAGCGCAAAAGAGGAGUUUUUCAAAAAGAUUUGCAGCAUAUGUUGUAUGGCUUUGGAGAUGAUGCCAAUCUCAAUGGAUCCCUUAAACUUGGCCUACGUUGCUUGGAUUCGGGGUGUGAGUUUCGGAUAUGGUCCAAACCAUUUCCCGAGACUGUAACCCUUGUGGAAGACAUUGUCGUGGAAUAUGUGACAGAUCUGACACAUAAAGCACAAGAUAUUGGAUCGAAGAGAGGAAAGCUAUCUGUUGAAGAUUUUCUGUAUCUGAUUCGCAAGGACACACCAAAACUAAAUCGUUGUACGGAAUUGCUGUCAAUGCAAGAGGAAUUGAAGCAGGCUAGGAAGGCAUUUGAGGUCGAUGAAGAGAAGUUGGCAACAUUAGAGUAGCCCAUUGGUCUUUUAUUUGUAUAGGUCAAGACUAGUGCAUUAAA